UGAAGAGUGAUAUAUAAAUGUGGUGUAAUAAUAAUAGGACCCUUAAAACAAUUUGAUAUACGAUAUUGGAUAUGUGUACAGUUUAGCAACCUAUCAGCAAUACACUGGUUUCUAAUUACAUAGGGUUAAAAAUAAUUUAACGGAAGAAAAUGUAAUACAAUAUGUCUAUGUACAACAGGAUAGUUCAGCCAUUUUAAUAUAGAUUUUAUUUACAACCAAAGGUUUUCUGAAGGUUGACAUAAUGAGUGACACUGGUAGCCAGUUAUCUGCAGAAUUUGAACGAAAUGUCGAGACAGAAGCCACUGAUGUAUCAGCUAUUCUUGUCAUGGAGGACAACAAGGUCCUCACAGCUGAGAGAAGAAAAGUUACACUGUAUGAUGAGGACUUCCAGCAGAUUACAAAAUAUGAGAUUAAGGAAGCAGGCUGGUGGGGUAUGAUAACAGAUAUGACUCUUACUGGACAACAUACCUUCUCUUUAUUACUUCCAGGUUUUUGGUAUGAGAGCUGGUUAGUUUCUUUUGAAAUUACAGAAGAAAGUCAAAUAAAGAAAAGAAAAAUACUUGAAAUAAAAACACAAGCUUUUGGCUUAUGCUAUCAGAGAGAAUUCUUUUUUGUUACAUUUUCUCCAAAACAUUUAAUCCCAUUUCGAAAGAACCCACCAGGAUAUAUCUGCAUGAUAAACAAAAAAGGUGAAAAUCGUCACACUUUUAAAAAUGACGGAGACAAUAAAAAUAUUUUCGGAAGUUCUCUUUCAAAGAUUUAUGUCGACCAGAACUUCAAAAUGUUUGUUUGCGAUAAAGAAAAGAAUGAAAUUGUGAUCCUACAAAUAGACCCUUUUACAUACGCUGCUACAGUCAUUACACGUCACAAGUACAGUGUAAUGGACAUUGCAACAAAAGUAGACAGGACAUCAUUCCUCGCAACCAAUCACAAGGACGGAGUGGUUUUGUUGCAUGCAAAUGGUCGCUGGGUCUUCAACAACUUCCUGUCUUCUGAAAGAUUAAAUGGAACACCAACUGCCCUAGCUUAUAAUGAAGGGAGUCAACAACUAAUGGUUUCUGUGAGACAUUCACAGUGGUUUCGGCAAAAGAAAUGGCUGCUAUUCCAGAUUUAUAUUGUGAAAUACAGUCAGGAUACAGACACUCGUGUUUCAAUAGAAAAUUAGUGACAAAUAAUUUUCUGCAAUAAUGAAUCAAAAGGGAAUGCCUUUACAUUAAAUUUUAUAUCAACAUUACAAGAUCAUAGUUUAACUUUAUAGAAUUGUGCACUGUUAAAAUGUGUUUUGAAAAAUCAUGCAUAUAUUACUAAAAAUUUCCAAACAUAGCCUCAGAAAGUUUAUUUAAUUUUUUAAUACACUUUUUCAAAAUGGUCACUGGUUCUUAACAUGAAGUUAUAACUUCUUUGUACAAGAACCAGUUAUCGAGUGAUAAUGCACACAAUAUGUCAGUUGAUAUGUUAUACUUGAAUUGGUAUGUAUUUGUCAUACAUGAGAUCUCCUGGGCAUAAGGGUCAAAGUUCUGGUAUUUCACAUCCCUCUACAGAACUGCCAAAAUUUUGAAAAAAUUAAAAUCUGUGCUGCAA